AUGGGACAUGGCCCUACUGAUUUAGUGACCCAGUUACAAAACGACAAAUUUAGCAACAGGAAAGCAAAGAUAAUGGCCAAAAAUAAAAUAGAAAUAGUUAAAGAUGUCAGCAAUGAGUGGGAGUUAGAGCUCAUUUUGAAUCAUAAUAAAAACAUACUCAUUUGUGCUGAAAUAUAUUCAUCAUGCUUUGGGCCCUGCACUGCCCUGGACCGGACACUAGCCAUCAUCAAGCUCCAGUGGAGCGAUGGAGAAAUACUCAUGUUAAGAGUAUUAGUCGACGAAAUUAGUAUUUUCGAACGUUUUAAAAACCAAAGUGAGCCACUUUUUCUGUUUAUUAAAAACAAGAAAAUAACUCGAAUAUUCCGCGGCAUGGACAGCAUCAGGCUUCUGGAAGUGGCUCGACAGGAAUUAGACCAUUUCCACAAACACCAGGAUGCUCUGGAUCUAGACCGACCCACCUAUGACCUGGACCAGUUCACUCCAGAAGAAGAACUAUGGCUCCAGGAGAGAAACACCGAGAAUGCCCGAGUAAUUGCGUUUAAGCAAGCGGUGCGGGCGAAGCGACAAGCGGAGCGGAAACGCUACCGCGCAUCGCUCAUGGCACCACACUUGAAGAUGCUAAACUUCGUCCUCUUUUGGCCUCACGCUAAGCACGCCCAUCCGGAGCUGUAUGAGCGGUGGGAUACGCAUAACAUAAUAAUGGUGGGCCGUGAAGACAUCCAGUUGACCAAGGAGGUAGCUGAAGAUAUCCUCUAUGACGGUGAAGCGGAGCUACUGAAUGAGGCUUCCAUCCACGCGCUGACCUCGUCUCCGGCGCUGGCCAUCUGCUUCAGGAUACUGGACGAGGAAAAGGACUUCGUUGGUCUCGUCCGCUCAAUCCUGUACGAUGCACCGGCCGUGGAAGACAGAAAGUCAACGAGCGACCAGAAAAUCCAGAAGUCUGCCUUCGACCGCUACAAGUCAUUCAGUCCAAGUCGAGAGGAAGUGCUCAGGCAGAGACGUGAAGAGAAUAUUAAGAAGAAGGAAGAACAAAUAGAGCAGAGGGCGAGGAGGUUAUCAGAAAUGCGGCGUAUGGCGAGACUCGCAAAGGAAGAGGCUUUACUCCUGAAGAAACAAGAGAAAGAAGAAAGAAAGAUGCAACUUCUGAAAACUGGUGAUCUUGAUGCUCUACAUAAACUUCAAGAUGAGUCUGACGAUGAAGAGGUCGAUAUCGACAUACCAAACGAACCGGAGCUAGAAGAAGAAAGCACUGAAAUAUUAGAUGAAGAAGAAGACGAGAGUGAAUAUUUUCCACCUCCAGGACUGUUGGUGCCUGCGUUCUACGCGCCUCGCAGCGAAGUGGCCAAGGCUAACGGACUAGCGAUAUUGUUCCCAAAGCUAGUUCAAGAGCGAGUCACACCGCCUCCCGAGGUUCUUCCACCUCACGUGCUGGUGAUGCUGCAGGCCUCCAAGAGACACAGGGCGGUGGACGCACUGGCGAGCCGCAGGAGUGACGUCAUACAUAUGGGAAUUUUUCGUGGCACCACUCCGUAUGAGGCAAAACACAUUGCCUUCACCGUAAAACAAUUCGACUCUAUGAACUUAGUUGUUAAAUCGGAUAUGCACAUAGCAUUUAUGCUGUCAGCAGUUAAAGACGUGCCAGUUCUUCAGCUCAUGGACCUAUUUCCAGAGUACGUCAGUCGCGACACGGAAUCAGGGGAAGAUGAGUGCGCCGCCAUGUUUCCCGUGGGAUAUGCUGAGGGUUACCCGUGGGAUGAGGAUUUUACAGACAGGGAAACACAAAAAGUACCACUUUGAGUGCAUAGAUGGCACUGCCACAGAAAGUUUAGUUUUAAAUCAAUAGAUGGCGCUUUAGUCAAGGACUGGUAUUGCCAUUUUUAAAAAUAAAACCACAAUAAAAUAAUUGAGAGUUCA